GUGAGCCCACAGCCCCGUGUAACCAGAUAGUUCAUCCUAGCAACAGCCUUGAGAUGAGGACUUUCCAUACUGGGAUUGGAAAAGUACAUGUGGGAGCUUUUUCUGUUGCAAGAGGAAUUAUUACGAAAGAAUCGUCCUGGAUUUACACAAGUGGAAGAAAUCCAAUUCCCAUCUGGAGUAUGUGAGGCAGGAGCAAAUAAAGGAUCAGAUUUCUCAAUGUUGUGCCUUAAAAAAUGCAAACUAAAACUUGAAAACUUGAGGAUAGAGUCUCCUCCUCCCUGGUGCGGGCUGAGGAAUGGAUUUCCACGCUCAUUCCUCAGGCCAGAAAGACUGCCAAGGGAUGGCUUUGCUUCUCCUGGCUCUUACCAUCUGCCAGAUGAUUUAACCAGGAUAAUCUUGUUUUCUACCAGGUGAUACAACAGGAAGGACUGGACACCUUUAAGCUGAGUUGUUCUCUGUCAUGAUGAGCUGUGCCACACAGACCUGCUGAGCAGGGAACUGUGGCUCUCCAAGGGGCAGAGCCUUGGUUAGACAUCAGUUUGAUCAUCAGCUGAUUUGAGACAGUUUGAGCAGAACAAAGUCCAGACCAGUAACAACCAGUGAGAAAGAGAUAAAAAGGGCGCUCAGCAGAUCAGUGGUGGAGAUAUUUGCCUUCCAAGCUCUUGUUUGACAAGAUUAAAAAGAUCCAUGGGUACCACCUAUAACAUAAAUACUGGCUUUGAAACACAACAGAGUGAGAGCAUGGCCUGAACAGAAGAGCACAGAGAGUGAUGGUCAAUCCUUAUUAUCCAGUGCAGCUUUGAAGUUCAAGGUUCUGAGUUUGCUGACUUUUAUUUGAAGGCAUUAUUCACCCCAAAUGCUCCUGAACCUUAAAUGGUCCCUUCCUAUCCUGAAAAUCUAUUAAGUCUGGAAAUUGCCUAGAAUUCUACAAAUAAAAUUAUUAAUUUAAGAGAAAGCACUCAUCACAUUUAUUUUAUUACUACGUAAGGUUACAGGAGUGAGAAGGGCUUUGAGUUGAUCACUGCUGUUAUUUUUCUUCUCAACAUUGCUACAGUGUUUUUCCAAAAUGGUAAGGUUGGGAGCUUUCCUUAAAAAAACAAAGCCAGAAUAAAUAUUUAGCUGAUGCUAUGAUGUGGCCUUCACUCCUCGGGUCAGGUCACUGGAGGGAACAUGGAAAGGGACAGCAGCUGGGAAGCUAAAAAGAUGAAGAUUGUGAUCCCAGACAGGGAAAGGCUCUUGGGACUGUGGAAAACUUAUGAUGGAAUGCUGUAGGGGAGAGCAAAGGUGAGGAAUAGAGGGGAGUUAAUGUCACUCUCCAUUCUGCAUGAGAAGAGGUCCAAGCACCAGCCAAACCCCAUUUGGAGAGAGGUAACAGGGGAGUUUGAGAAGCAGAAGGGAGAGUGGGUAAAGCAGAAGUGCUGUGGUCCCUAUGGGCACUGCUCCCCAGCCAGGGGCUGGAUGGAGCAUCUGGAUACUCUGGACUCCUCUGGUGCCAAGCAAAUGCAGUGGCUCCAGCUCUCCUCACUCAUGGGGUAGCUCAGCUGCUUUGCUUUGCACUCAGACAGAGCAGUAGCACUUGCACUGUUCAUUGGCAAAGCGGUCCUGGGGCACCAUGUGCUGUGGAGAUCACCAAAAUGUCAGAGAUUUUUCCUUCUCUUGGCUUUUGAGACCAAAUCAGCUCAGCUGAGACCCCCUUCCCUCGGUCCUGUGCUCAUUUCCAGUAGCAUAUCCAACAUCCACUCUUGGCUUCAUUUUUUCAGUGAGUGUCCAUAGCCUGGUCUUAAAGGCAGAAAUCACAGAGUGGGAUUCUCUGGACAUUUUCUUUACAAAAUCUGGGCUCCAUGCAGCCUAGAGAAGGGAAUUUGCCUCAUGCCAAAACCCAUCUCCCUAACAAAGCAUGGAUACUCCAACAGGAUUCCAACAUACCUUAUAAACACAACACACCUUAAAAAAUCUCUGUUCAUCCAGGGACGAGUUCACCUCAAAGCAGAGCACUCCUCAGGGGCAAGGCAAACACUCACAGCCAAUGAGGACCGAGGCUGUCAGCUCUGCAUCUGCAUAUCAGCUGCUGGGUGGGGAUAAAAUGCACAUUCCCAACCCAACCUGCCUCUAGUCUCAGCUCCCAGACGGGCACAGAGCUCUCAUGGUGCUCUGGGUGGCUCUCCUCUGUACCUUGGUGUCAUCGCUGCUCGGUGGGCUCUAUGUCCUGGGUGUGUUUCGGAGACAGAGACCCAAUGAGCCUCCCCUGGACAAAGGUACCAUUCCCUGGCUGGGCUAUCUGCUGGAAUUCAGAAAGGACUGCUCAGAGUUUCUCAAAAGGAUGCAGAGCAAACACGGGGAUGUUUUCACGGUGCUGAUUGGUGGCUAUUACUUCACCUUUGUGAUGGAUCCCUUCUCCUUUGGCACCAUUGUGAAGGAAUCGCGAUCUAAACUGGACUUCAGGACUAAUGCAGCUCAGCUGGUUGUGAAGGUUUUUGGCUACAAGCCCACCGAAGCCACUCCUAACAUAGUUCAUACAUCGAGCACCAAGCACCUGAUGGGAGAUGGCCUCACUGUCCUCAUACAAGCCACCAUGGAGAGCUUUCGGAAGCUGCUGCUUUUCAACCUGAGCUCAGGAGAGAAGAGAGUGUGGCAGGAGGAAAACCUCUUCCACUACUGCUACAACAUUGUCUUCAGAGCUGGGUAUCUGGCUCUGUAUGGCACCGAGCCACCCCGAGGGGCGGGGAACAAGGAAAAAGCUGAAGAGCAGGAUCGCCUCCACUCCAACCAGCUCUUCCAGGAGUUUCGUAAGUACGACCGCCUCUUCCCUCGCCUGGCCUUUGCUCUGCUGCCUCCCAAGGAUAAAAGAGAGGCUGAGCGGCUGAAGAGACACUUCUGGAACGUGCUGUCUGUGAAGAAGGUCUGGCAGAAGGACAAUAUCAGUGGCUGGAUAAGUGAUCAAGAGAAACUUCUGGCAGAAAACGGUGUCCCCGAGUACAUGCGGGAGCGUUUCAUGUUUAUGCUCCUCUGGGCAUCCCAAGGCAACACGGGCCCAACUGCCUUCUGGCUCCUCUUGUAUCUGCUGAAGCAUCCAGAGGCUCUGAAGGCUGUGAGAGAUGAGGUGGAUAAAGUCUCGAGGGAGAGUGGGCAGGAAGUAAAGGCAGGGAGCCCCCCAGUUACUGUCACUAGGGACAUGCUGAACCAGACUCCUCUGCUGGACAGUGCUCUGGAGGAGACCCUGAGGCUAAUGGCAGCCCCAAUGCUGGUCAGAGCUGUCCUCGAGGACACCUCCCUGAGGACAAGCAGUGGGACAGAGUUCACCCUCCGCAGAGGGGACAGGGUGGCUCUGUUCCCACACAUUUCUGUGCAGAUGAACCCAGAAAUCCACGAGGAGCCUCACAAAUUUAAGUACGACCGUUUUGUAAACCCAGAUGGCACCAGGAAAGAUUUCUACAGAAAUGGGAAGAAGCUGAAAUUUGUCAGCAUGCCUUGGGGGGCAGGAGUUUCCACCUGUCCAGGGCGCUUCUUUGCUACUGCUGAAAUGAAAUUGUUUGUGUUCUUGAUGCUGAGUCACUUUGACCUGGAGCUGGUGAAUGAGGAGGAGGAGAUCCCAGCCAUAGACAUCAGCCGCUGGGGAUUCGGGACGAUGCAGCCUGUCCGUGAUGUUCGGUUCAGAUACCGGCCACGCUUCUAACCUGGGGAGUCCUGUGCUGUUGUUUGUCCUGGUGUCACCUCUGGGACAAAUUGUCUGAUCCCGUGGUUAUCAGAUCUGUGCAGUGUCAGCACCGAUAUGAUCUUGUUUGCUUAAUGUUUAUCAUGGCUUUUGUUGUUACCUCCUCCUCGUGUGCUGCUGCUGCUGCGUGUUGUGCUGGUUAUGGGAUAGAGGGUAAUCUGCACAGAGAGACAAAAUGUGUCCUGCCAGGCUACUCCCAGCCCCCUCCCAGGGGCCAUCAGCCCACUGAAAGCCAGGAGGAGCACAGGGUCGGAUUGGCAGGUGGGAACUCAAAUUCAGGGCUUCCAAGGAACGAGGGUUUUGUCCAGGUUCCUCCCAGGGCUGCCCCAGCAGAGCAUCUGGGACCCAUGGUGCCAGAAUGACUCCCAUGGAGAUGUGUCAUCAGGAACAGCUCUCUGGAUCACCACCUGGGAUUAGUGGGAUUGUGUCGAGGCAGGGGAGACAUCCUAUGCUGUGUAGGGGAAGAGCAUUUUGGGGCUGCACAGGACUUUAUAUAAUAGAGUGUUUGGGGGAGGAACCAAAGGGGGGUAAAAGAGAGAUUUAGGUGAUUUAGGGAGCAAAAUUGAGAUGUAAAGGGAUGAAAAGGGUUGGUUGGGUGCAAAUAGGUGACUGACUGAGUCCCUAGACUUGUCUGGUCACACCCUGCACCUGAUAAUUUCUUUUCCACAUGAAGUAUCAUUGGCAGGAUGGCAUCAGCUUGUGGUGAACCCCUGAAAGGUCAGAGAGCAGCAAAUACCCUCUCCAGAGAUAUAAAAAUUUCCUUGGGGAAAUUUUGUCGUGUUUAUGGCUCCCUUCUUAUAUCUGAUGAGGCCUCCAAAGAGAGCAACCUCAGUCUCUUAUGGGCUACAGCCACUGUGAUCUUACAGCCCUCAAAUAUUUUUUUUUUACCUGCUGAAUCAGUGCAGGAUAAAACUUUGCUCUACAAGCUCUGCUUUGCUUUAUCACCCUUCAACAAUUAGGACUCUCACCACUUCCUUACAGAAGUUAAACCCAAGCCUCUCCUGCAUGGAGAACAGUGGAUUGAUUUUAAUGCUGACACUAACCUUGAACUUUGGAGAUUAUUUGUGGUUGAGGAAUGAAACUCAAACAUUUUCACACACGUCCAAACGUCAGAUCCAGAUUCUGCUUUGUCCUGUGAAGGGCAGGGUGAUGUUGUAACUGCAUGUUAAGGGCAAACUAUCCCAGCCUGCCAGACUGGUCAUUAGCCCUGACCUCAUGGUGGUGGUGGGAAUUCAGGCAGAAGCUACCAAGCAGUUGUGGCAGGACCAAAGAAAACCAAAACUACCUGUAAGGCUUGACUGCAACAGCUGAUAUUUCCAUUAACAUUUCCAGCACCUUUUCACUCCUUCCAUGCUCCAUCUACAGCUCUCACCUAUUUUUUUUGUCAUCCAUCUGAAGCCCUUCUCACAUUCUGGUCAAUGCAAGGUCCAAACCAUGCCCAAGACUGCUGCCUUGGGGUAGCCAGGCAGCUCAGAGCCAUCAUCACAUCCUGACCAGGUGAUGUCCUCCUUCCAAAGCUCUAGGAAAAGGAUUUUUCCUGUGGAUGUCCUGCAUGGAAGUGGUUCCCAGCUAGU